GGCCGCCCCCUGCGGAGCGUUUUGCUGCCAGGAUCCAAGAUGUCUUCCCCCCGCCUUCGGCAUGGCCUGAUUCCAUUAAGGCCUCACCAGCGCCCUCCAGAUGGUGUCUGACCUCAUCAAAGAUGGCUGUUGGAAGUGCCCCGUUUUAUUAGGCUCUUAUCCUUCAGUCCUCACUGGGGUGCUGGGGUUCGCCUCUGAGAUGGCGGCAGCUGAGCUGGAGUACGAGUCUGUCCUUUGCGUGAAGCCUGAUGUCAGUGUGUACCGCAUCCCGCCGCGAACCUCCAACCGCGGAUACAGGGCAUCUGACUGGAAACUGGACCAUCCGGACUGGACAGGGAGACUUCGUGUCACUUCCAAAGGAAAAACUGCAUAUGUGAAACUAGAGGAUAAGGUCUCAGGGGAGCUUUUUGCCCAGGCUCCCAUAGACCAAUAUCCUGGCAUUGCUGUGGAGACUGUGACGGAUUCGAGCCGUUAUUUUGUGAUUCGGAUUCAGGAUGGGACUGGACGAAGUGCUUUUAUAGGCAUUGGUUUCACAGAUCGUGGUGAUGCCUUUGACUUCAAUGUGUCUUUGCAGGAUCACUUCAAGUGGGUGAAGCAGGAAACUGAGAUCUCCAAGGAGACCCUGGAAGCUGACACACGUCCUAAAUUGGAUUUAGGGUUCAAGGAGGGGCAGACCAUCAAACUAAACAUUGGGAACAUGACAACUAAGAAAGGAGGAGCAGCCAAGCCUCGUGUGUCUGGAUCAGGGGGCCUAAGUCUGCUGCCACCCCCGCCAGGAGGCAAAAUUGCAGUCCCUUCAAUCCCUCCUGCUUCUUCCACAUCCAUUGCCAACCAUGUCUCACCACCACCCACGCUGAAAUCCAGCAACAUGAGCAGUGCAGAUAUUCUGUUAGACUUAGAUGCUCCUGCAUGUGCAUCCAAGACACCAACAUCAACUACCACAGAUGUCUGGGGUGACUUCAACACUGCAUCCAGUGGUGUUCCUAAUCAGGCUCCUCAGCAGUCCAACUGGGUCCAGUUCUGAAUGGUUAAAGCAGUGGAAUGGAAUAAACUGAUGACCAAGAGUCUAGAGGCACAAAUAGUCACAGGGGGCACAAACCUCUCCAAUCUGCAAUCAAGAACAAGUUGGACAAUUUUUUUUUUUUUAAAGCCAGAUCUUUACUUCAGUCAAAACUUAAUAUUUUUGAUUCCCACAGUGAAACCCACUGAACCUGAAGAGAAUAUCCUGACUCCUCACAAGGUGAGCAAAAGGAAGAGAGCCUGAUCUCUUCUACUCACUCGGCUGUUGCAUGGUACAUCCUAGCUCUACUCUAUUUUUGCACAUAAGAAAAGCAAGAAUCCUGAAGUGAGUUCAUACAGGAGGAGUUUGGGUAGAUGUCUCUGGGUUCUUCGUCCUUUAAAUUUUUUGGCUGCAGACUGCUUUCUACAUUCGCUUUCAAUAGCAACUUGAGUUGCUGUGGCUUGGCCUUCAGAGCUGAAAGCUGCAAUUUUAAAUGGAAGCUGUAAGCUAUCAUGUUUCUCCUGAGUCAUAACACAAAAUGCCAUUUGAUUAAUCCUGUCUGUGGUGAGGAGUGAAUCUUACUGUGCAUGUAGUGCACUUCCUUUCUUUGGUGCAUUUCUUGAUAGUACUGGAUGUUCCUGUGCUCCUAUGGGAGGAAUUGUGCAAGCCCUCGAGUAGACUUGCUGCCCCUGAUUUAGCUGCAGCUGGUCACCCCAUCGUGAGGCUCCUUGCUUAGCUUGCAGAGUCUCUGGAGGAAUUUCUCACUUCUUCCUUUUUCCCUCAUCCAAACUCAUUGUCAGUGAGCUGUUUAAAUGGAAAUAGCUUUGGGGGAGAAAAAGCCUGGUUUUGUAAUUAGGUAGUUACUUGCACUAGAUGUCAAUUUAGUUAUCCCGCUGCUUAGCAUUUCAUGUUCCUGUGACACUCUGCUGAGCCCUUACCUUUAUUUGUCAAGCAAUACUUAUUACAAUGAGAAGUUAACAAGUAUUGCAUAUUCAGGCCACAGUAAGGACCAUAGUGGGAUGGGGUUAAUUUCUGGUGAAGGGACAGUCACAUAUGCUUUCAGCUCGUAUCAUUUGGGCAAGACAUGUAUGGUAGGCCUCAUCUUGAACUGUGACAGCCAAGUUAUCCCUUCUGGGUUCCUUGGUGAUUUUCUUCAAAGAAAAGUUUCUGAAGGCCCUUUGUACACUAUUUCAUCUUCAGCAACUAUGGAUGUGAUCUGGGGUGUAAGUCUGCUGAUAAAUUUGGGAAAGCCUGCUGGCAGGUUGAAAAUCUCCCAAGCCCCUCCAUGCUGUUGAGCCAAAACACUAGCCAGGAUGAUGGUCACAAUGACUAGAACACUAGCGCUUUGGUAAUUCACUAGAAGGCUUCUUCCCAUUUUCAACAACAAACCAGCUCAGUGUCAACAGUUCCGUAAUUAGGAUACACAACUAAAUAGUGCCCUUUGGAAUUAAGAUUGCCUGGUGAGGAUGUUAAAAGAGAGAGUAGUUAGUUGUAUGUACCUUGCAUUUGCAAAGCUCUGAGGUCUGUUUUAUCCUUUUUACUACGUUGAGGGCAUUCUGGGGACUAUGUUUCGCUUGGAAGUAAAACUAUUUUUGAAAAUAGCUCUGCACUUCUUGUGGUAAUGGGGGCAAGACUGCUCUUAGAUGUAUUUUAAGCACUGAUUCAGUCCUGAUGACCUGACUUUCUUGGUGUCCCCCCGUUUCUCCCUUCCUUCCACCCCCCCCAGUCAUUCCUGCAGUCUUAUUAUACUUAAGCUCCUUGCCUGCUCAGAAUCUGUGGGUGGCUGUAAUAUGCUAGCUAAGCCAUGGACUCCACUGGUUGGCUUUUCUUCCCCCCCUCUCUCACAGCAUUGGCAGGUCCUGUCAUUUCAACGACGUAUAAGUUCUCCAAAUCAAGGACUUCACAGCACCAGUUAAAACUAAUUAGGAGCCUCUUCCAUGUUGUCUUAGUAUUCUGGAGAUAAUAUAUGAUGUAUUUGAAAAAUAAAAAGGCAAAAAUUAAAGAUACGUAUAUUAAGCAUAAAA